AUGCAGGUGUCCAGCCUCAACGAGGUGAAGAUUUACAGUCUCAGCUGCGGCAAGUCCCUGCCUGAGUGGCUUUCUGACAGGAAGAAGAGAGCACUACAGAAGAAGGAUGUCGAUGUCCGUAGGAGAAUUGAACUUAUUCAGGAUUUUGAAAUGCCUACCGUUUGUACCACUAUUAAGGUGUCAAAAGAUGGACAGUAUAUCUUAGCAACUGGAACAUAUAAACCUCGGGUUCGAUGUUAUGACACCUAUCAAUUAUCCUUGAAGUUUGAAAGGUGUUUAGAUUCAGAAGUUGUCACCUUUGAAACUUUGUCUGAUGACUAUUCAAAGAUUGUUUUUUUACAUAAUGAUAGAUACAUCGAAUUUCACUCACAAUCGGGUUUUUACUACAAAACCAGAAUACCAAAGUUCGGGAGAGAUUUCUCCUACCACUAUCCGUCCUGUGACUUGUACUUUGUUGGCGCGAGCUCUGAAGUUUAUAGAUUAAAUUUAGAACAAGGACGGUACUUGAACCCGCUGCAGACGGAUGCUGCGGAGAAUAAUGUGUGUGACAUAAACUCAGCACAUGGCUUGUUUGCCACAGGAACAAUAGAGGGUCGUGUGGAGUGCUGGGACCCAAGAACUCGCGGUAGAGUCGGUCUGCUGGACUGCGCACUGAGUAGCGUCACGGCGGAUUCAGAGAUAAACAGUUUACCAACAAUCUCUGCUUUGAAAUUUAACGGAGCCUUGACCAUGGCAGUUGGAACAUCUACCGGGCAGGUUUUAUUAUAUGAUCUUCGAUCAGAUAAGCCAUUGCUGGUUAAGGAUCACCAGUACGGGCUGCCCAUUAAGUCACUUCAUUUCCAGGAUUCAUUAGAUUUGAUUUUGUCUGCAGACUCACGAAUCGUCAAAAUGUGGAACAAGAACUCAGGAAAAAUAUUUACUUCCUUGGAACCAGAACACGACAUUAAUGAUGUCUGCCUCUAUCCCAACUCAGGAAUGCUUCUUACUGCCAAUGAAACCCCCAAGAUGGGCAUCUAUUACAUUCCGGUUUUGGGCCCUGCUCCCAGGUGGUGCUCCUUCCUGGACAACUUGACCGAAGAACUAGAAGAGAAUCCAGAAAGCACAGUUUACGACGAUUACAAAUUUGUCACCAAGAAAGACCUUGAAAAUUUAGGGCUCGCACAUCUAAUUGGGUCACCAUUUCUCCGGGCAUAUAUGCAUGGAUUUUUCAUGGAUAUAAGACUCUAUCACAAGGUGAAAUUGAUGGUAAAUCCAUUUGCUUAUGAAGAAUACAGGAAAGAUAAGAUCCGACAGAAGAUAGAAGAAACACGUGCACAGAGAGUCCAGUUAAAGAAAUUGCCGAAAGUUAACAAAGAGCUGGCACUUAAAUUAAUUGAGGAAGAGGAGGAGAAGCAAAAAUCUACCUGGAAAAAGAAAGUUAAGAGCCUUCCUAAUAUUCUCACUGAUGAUCGAUUUAAAGUUAUGUUUGAGAACCCUGACUUCCAGGUGGACGAAGAGAGUGAAGAAUUUAGGCUUUUGAAUCCACUUGUCUCAAAAAUUAGUGAAAAAAGGAAGAAGAAACUAAGACUGUUGGAGCAACAAGAACUUCACGAAAAAGAAGAGGAGGAAGAACCGGAAGGAAAACCAAGUGAUGCGGAAAGUUCUGAGAGUUCGGAUGAUGAAAAAGACUGGGUCGAAGAGGUCAGGAAGCAGCGCAGACUUCUGCACCAGGAGGAAAAGGUGAAGCGGCAGGAGCAGCUCAGGGAGGACCGGCAGACGGUCCUCAAGCCCCAGUUUUACGAGAUCAAAGCAGGCGAGGAAUUCAGGAGCUUCAAAGAUUCUGCCACAAAGCAGAAGCUGAUGAAUAAAACGCUUGAAGAUCGUUUGAAACUUGAGGCAAAAAAUGGCACGUUGAGUAUAUCAGACACCACAGUUGGCAGCAAACAGUUGACGUUCACGUUAAAGAGGUCUGAACAGCAGAAGAAGCAGCAAGAGGCUGAGAAACUGCACCGACAGGAAAGGAAGACACUGCGUCGCUCAGCCGGUCACCUGAAGUCGAGACACAGACGGGGACGGCCAUUUCACUGA